GACCUGGUCUUUGCCGCUGACCAAUUCAACCCCGGCCACCCCCGAGAGUGCGCUGCCCGUUGCUCCUUCUUCAAUUGGUAGUACUUCUCAAUAGCCAUUGGUAUAAAGAUGUCGUCGCCUUAGUCAGCUACAUCCAGGAGAACCUUGGUUGGGGAAUUGGAUUUGGAUGAUCAGCGCCUUCGUUGUUUUCCUCCUCGGUAGCCCCAGCUACCGCCUCUAUGCGCCAACCCCAGGUUCCCAAAGUCCCUUCACCCGCCUCGCCCACGACAUUGCCACACUACUUGUCAGGAGCUCGAGCUGCUCCUUUGGCACAAUAAGACAACACCACCCAAAAGAUGAAGAUGACAUGACCAAGUCAGAGGAGGUGUGUAGCGUGCUACGACUGCUGCCUAUCUGGACGGCGUGUCUGGUGUAUGGUGUUGUGUUUGCACAAAUUACGACAUUUUUUAACAAGCAAGGCCGCACCUUGGAUCGCCACCUCUUUGCCAGUCUAGAGCUGCCGCCAGCCGCGUUGCAGACAUUCGGACCAGCAGCCAUCUUGUUGUUCGUGCCCAUAUACGACCGUUUGUUGGUGCCAGAGCUACGCUGCAUGACAGGCAAUCCUUCACGGCUAACACCGCUGCAACGUGUGGGCGCCCGCAUGGUUGUGUCACUAGCCACCGUGUGUGUGGCAGCAUUGGUGGAAGCCCGACGGCUAGAGAAGGCACAUGAGUAUGGCCUAGUGGAUGAUGCCGGAGCAACGGUGCCGAUGAGUUGGGUGUGGCUAGUGCCGCAGUAUGUGAUGAUCGGGGUGGCCGACGUGUUCGCGAUGGUUGGGAUGCAGGAGUUCUUUUAUGACCAUAUGCCAAGCGAGUUGUGUAGCCUUGGCUUGGCGCUUUACUUUAGUGUGAUGGGCAUUGGUGGCUUCAUCAGUGGCGCUCUGAUCUCCCUCAUUGACCGUGUCACCAGCAGCGGUGCUCGCUGGCCUCAGCGCCAUCGAGCUUGUGCUAUAUAUCCGCUUCACCAUCUCGUUUGUCUACAGGCGCAAGAGCCUCCACUAAGAGCGUGUCUCUACAAUUGGAUGAGUACCCAUGUUGUUGUAUUCUUAAUUUCUGACGAUGGAUGCCAGGAUGACUGAUGAUAAAGAUUUCUGACUUUGUCACCCCGUUGGGUAGCUACUUGCUAGUAAAGUUAUAUCACAACAUUGGCGAUGUCACUUGAUAAGUCAUGUGGCAUCUCAGAUUAUGUCUGUUUCAUAUUUUAUGAAACAUGUUUCAUUUUAAUUUUUUACAGGUUCAAAUUGAAAUAUGUAAAAAAAGACUUGAGCCUAUAUGGCCGGGAUCUGACACAACUUUUACUUGUAAAAAAGAAGUUAACAAAGAAGACUCAAGUAAGUAAAGCCCAUUUUAAGCAACAGUACCGUGAGAUUAUUUAAGUGUUCGUCUUGACAAUCCAUUUGGAGAUAUUAUGCAUUUUGGAGCUUAGGUGUACGUUUUCCUCUAUCAAAACUGUACCAAUAUGACAAAUGUACUUUGAGAUCAUUCUACAUGUUUCCCUACAAAGUUACUUCCCUCAGCAAAACUAGUAGCCUGACGGAGCGUGAACUUUUUCUCUAAACAAAGCAGCGCCUGCUCCUUUUA